AUCUCAUCGGUUUGUGAACGGUUGAAAAAGCGCUAACCGGAAGUGAAUCUAUCUGUUCAGCCAGCCAGCCAGCCAGCCAUCAGGCGUUUGUUGAAUUAAGGGAGACACAGCACUGCUGUUGUUUCCGGUUGCUUCCUUGCUAGAGGCUCGGCGUUUCGGUUUGGUCGUUCCUGGAAACCACACACAUGGUCGUCGGUCGGCUUGUGUAGGCUUCCCUUUUCUGUUCUCGUUCUCGCAGUGAAUACACAGCCGUAACGGAAGUCCUUCGCCGUCGUCUUUGUCGUCUUCGUCACCACGCGGCACGUUUCGGUUCCAAGAAAACUUAAGGUGAAUACGGGUACGGUGUGUAGUGAAAGUUUUUCUGUUUUUUUUUUCGAUUUCGUUGUGUUGUGCAUUCAUUUCGAUCUCCGACUCCGAGUGAAAGCUGAAAGCUCAAACUGAAAUUCAUCAACUACGCCACAAGUGAACACCAAAAGUUUUUUGUGCAGUGCUUUCUCGUAGUUUUUUUGUUUCUAAGUUUAGUUCAAGUUUUUUGAUAAAAAUAUAUCGAAAGUCACUCAAUUAGAAGGUGAUUGAAAAGUGAAAAGUGAAAUUAAUUAUACCAACGAAAGGUGCUUUCAGCUUCUGGCUAAAACUCCGCAGCCAACGAGCGUUCAUUAGCAGCAGCAGAAGCACCGCGGAGAAGUAAAAGGGUGUUAAAUUUAGCACCCAGUCAUCAUUUAUGGUUCUUUGCUGUUGCGCUUCUCGGAGGAAAGGUCCAUCUUGAAAGCCCGCAGUGAAUCGAUUCCAGCCCCGGUAGAGCACACCGGGGUCAUAAAUAGCAGCUAGUCCUGCCACCGGUCAUCAGGGCCAAACCGGAAGUCUAUAAUUAGACCGGAUCCGGUGUGGAACCUUGGGGACGUCGUGGUAGGACGCGGUGGAUGAGUGAGUGUGGUGGUGAGGGCGAGCCGAUUCUUUCAACUUCCUGCGCUUGGUGUUAGGACAGGAAGCAGAAAAUAGAAAGCAGUAGCAAGGCCGGCUUUUGGCAAGAAACGACCGUCAUUCCAAAUCAGAAGUAGUUGGGCGUCAAGCAGUAAAGGCAGUAGCUCUGAGCUGGCUGGUGGCGGUGCCUGGUGAAAUCCGGAGGCUCCGCUGCACCACCCGGCCCAAAAAAAGUCGCCAAACUGUUCCUCUGCGGUUGUUAUAUUUUCGAACGGGGUGCCAAAGAUAGCAGUACGGAAGGACUCAGGAGUGCCCUAGCCCGUCUACGCAGAUCGGGCCCACUCCCUAACCCUUCCACCAGCAGUCCUGAAAAUACUGAAAACGUCGAACGUCCGUCUUCUUCUCGAUGUCGGGAAGGAGAUAACUCCACAGCCAGACCACAGGCCCCAACACCACCAGCACCACCCUCCACACCACGGAAAACCAAAGUGCCACCCCCAAGUGCAAUGACAGUAUCCGUCUCGCAGCCUCAGCCGCCAAUGGACAUCGCGUGUUCCAGCCCCACCAAGGCCAGUCCAGCUGCCACUGGAUCCUGUUCCGGUAGCAGUGGCUCCCCACUCAGUCCCAUUAUGAUGACCACCACUCUACCGACUGGGGCCAGCGGAAGUUCCUCCUCCCACACCCCCUCCGCAGCAGCUGGACGACCCAAUAGUCCCGGCAACUCGAGCGGAGGAUCCUCGGAGGCGGAUAUUGCCAUCAGCACCCCACCUUCUUCGUCCUCGUCGUCGCACACCAAUCCGAGUACGGCCCUGCGGAGGUUCUACUUCCAGAAGACUCGGGUCAGCAAGUCCCCGAAAUCGGCCACCGUUGGAGGAGCGGGAAGUGGAGGUGGGGCGGUUGCUGCUGCUGUGCCCAAGGUGGUGGUCAUGGGGUCUUCGACGACGUCCGAGGUCACCAUCAACACUUCCACGGAUUCGGCAUCGACGCACGUUACGAAUGUUACGACGACCACCGAUACCGAAACGAAUGAUUCCAUCGAUUUGGGUGACAUAUCCGGACAGAGUGAACCUUUGCUGAGCUCACUGGACGACGAAAGCUCUAGCAUCGUGAUGAAUCAGAGCUUCGGCGAGGGAGACGAUGAAAAUAUCACCGUUAUCAAUGGACCAGAUACACCCCUGCUGAUAAACUAUCAGGAACUCGAGGACCUAUCACCGAAGACGCCCAAGGCCUGUUCCCCGAAACCUCGCACUGCCCCAGUUGCCUCGACGACCCGGUUCCCUUUCGAUCCGCCCAGUUCACCGAAAAGCGUCCGGGUACUUCCUUCCACCGCCGGCAGCCAUCACGAGUCGACGAUGUUCAACUUUGAUGACUCGCCCAACCCGAUUCGUCGUCCGUUGCCAAGGCGAGAGGCGUCGCCUGCUAGGGAUGCGGCAGCCAAUAAAGAAAAUUGGACGGUGACUCCCUCCUCGAAACGGGGUAGCCCCUACAAGUCCAGGAAGGAGAGAUUUGUGCAGCAGCAGCAGCAACAGCCAGCUCCGCUUCAAUCAGCGCCUGCUGUGAGUUGCGGCUCCAAGGGGCAAAAGUACGAUCCCAAUAUGACAAUGUUUCCAUUUGAUCGGGAAGCGAUUGACUAUGAUCGGAUCCAGAGGGAAUGUUUUGCGGUGGAAGAAGAGUAUCCAUACGAUCAUCACCCAAGGGACCAUUGUGAGGAGUAUUGUGAGUCACCGUCGUCGAAUGUGCACAUAGAAACGGAGAUGUUCGGCGAUCACUACUCGAUCUUCCAGCAGUACGCCUAUCUGACGCAACAGGAACGAGACGCACUGGAACGGACACCCACCAAACGCAACCAGAAACCGGAAAUGAUCGAUGCGUUUUCACCGAAGAAAAAAGUUUCCCACAAACGGCGAGUUUCACCGCAGCGGCUGUCGAAGUUCGACCAGAUAGCGACCAAGUUCGACUUGAUGCCAUCAAAGUACGAAAGUUCCACCAAAGGGCGGACGAAAAUGAUGACCGGAACCAUGGGCGGAGGCGGUCUUCCGGAUCUUCGGGUCGAUUACUACGCGGAAACUUCGUGCUGCUCGUCGUCGAACGAUGAUCUGUCUUCGCUGGCCGCCGGCGGCUGUUCAUCAGCGACUGAAGCGGCCAAAUCGCAUGCGUCAACCGGUUCGUCUACUCCUGCUGGACUGCGUUCGGGUGAAGUCGCCGGAGCAGGCGCGUUGGCAUCCGGUUCUAUAAAUGUUACUCCCAAUCCGAUGGACACCGCAGUCUGCACGCAACCUCGGGCGACAAUAGUCGUACAGCAACCUUCGCUAUCGUUGGACUACUCAUCGGUCGAAACGGUGCUGCUGAAGAAUGAAGGUGACUUCAUCAGCGUGGAGCAGGGUAAGGAAUUUUCGCGGAAAAAGAAACAACAAGGAGCGAGUCAGCAGCAUCAGCAACAGCAGUCUCAUCAACAACAGCAACAAUCACAACAGCAGCAACAGCAACAACAGCAGCGGGAGGAAAAUAUGAGACAACUACUCGAUGUCACCAACUCGUUAACCACCGACGAGAUUAAGGACUUCGAAAUGAGAUACGGCAGUCCCCAUCACAGUCGAUCGCAAUCGGUUAAAACCCCCGGAAGCCGCGCCUCUGGACGGCCAAAUCAGCUAUGUUUGCCCCAGCAAAGAUCAAGGGUGGCCUCGAUGCCCAACACCGGCGUCGAGGAGGAGUACUACCGGCUGCGGCAUUUCUCGAUCACCGGCAAGGGGGUCGUCAAUCGGGGCGACUCGCUGAAAAGCCGCCGCAGCAAAUCGAACAACAGCGUUGCCAGCUCCAAUUCCAGCAACGAACAUUUGACGGCAGCCGGAGGUGGAGCGGCACCUGCGGCGGGAUCAGCACGAACCUCGGCCACCUGCAGUUUGGCGUCCAGCCGGGAAAGCAGUACAUCCAAUCCGGCAGCCGGCCCAUACAAGAAUCGCAACUCAAGGGUUCUCAUGCUGGGCGGACCAGCCGUCGGAAAAAGCUCAUUAGUGUCACAGUUUAUGACGUCCGAGUACCUGCACGCCUACGAUACCAGCAUAGAUGAUGAUUCCGGCGAGAAGACGGUGUCAGUUUUGCUUAGCGGUGAAGAAUCCGAGUUGACUUUCAUCGACCACAGCUAUAUGGACAUGACGCCGGAAAACUGCAUGUCAUCUUACGACCCACACGGAUACUGCGUCAUCUACUCGUCCUCGGAUCGCGAGAGCUUCCAACUGUCGGAACAGGUGCUGCAGGUACUUUGGACCACCGAGAACAUCGCCCAAAAGGCGGUGAUUCUGGUGGCCAAUAAGGCCGAUCUGGCCCGCAGCCGUAUGGUUUCGGCCGAAGAGGGAAAGCAAAUGGCCACUCAGUACGAUUGUAAGUUCAUCGAAACCUCGGUCGGGAUCAACCACAACGUGGAUGAGCUUUUGGUGGGUCUGCUGUCGCAGAUCCGUCUGAAGCUGGAAAAUCCGGAGAAAUCGAGAGACUUGUUCCGGAAGCGAUCGAUCAGGAAAUCAAAAAGGCGCGCCUGUUCUCCCCUGGGCGGGGCAACGAUCUGCCUGACGGGAAUGGGCGGUGGAACCAAUCCGAGCACCCCGGUUUGUGGAACUCCGGGCGUCGCUGGGGUCGGAAAUUUGGGAACUGGCAGUGGCAUUGGUGGUGGUAGUCUGGGGGGAGGAUUCGUGGUGGAAACUCCACCCGGAAGUGCACACAGCAGUCCCCGGAAGUAUCGUGGCUCCCGAACGUCGGCCAGUCUCAAAGUUAAGGGACUGCUAGGGCGUGUUUGGGCCCGUGAUUCCAAAUCCAAAAGCUGUGAAAAUUUGCACGUACUGUAAGGCGUCCCCUGUGAAUGGGAAUUAGAUUUGGGAUCCUGUUUGGGGAAGAAUAGCUUUAGCCAGUCUAUGAGGAAAUGCGAGGCGGGGGUGCAAAUUUUACUAUCACACACAAUAUUAGAUAUUACGUACCAGUAUAAUAUGUGAAUGUAUUCCGGUAUUGGAAGAAACAAAAAAAAACAGUCCAUACGAAACUUUUUUCUCUGUUUAGUUUGUAAGAAGUAGUGCGGACGAGCAGAAAACCAAAAAGCGGUUUCGUUUAUUCGAAAGCAUAUUAAUUUUAAGGUUCCAUACUAAGUGAUAUAUUUGAGAUCAAAUCUACAAACGGGCAGUGAAUAUAUUUCGGUAGGAAAAAAAGAAACGUAUACCCUAAGACACACCUACUCACUUCUCGAUUGAUAUUUCGUUAACUUAAGGUCCUUUUGUAAUAUUUUUUUUCAACCUGUAUAAGCCCAUGCAUAUUUCCUAUAUUCAAAUAAAUGACUGUUCCUACAUGAUAUAAUUGUACUAUUUUUGGUUUUAUUUUUGGAUUUUUUUUUCCAUACACGCCAAAAAGGAUCCGCAAAUCAUCGAAAAAUCAUAUCAUACCCGGUAGCUCCGAAAGAUGUGUACCGAAAACCACAAGUAGAAAAUGUUCAAACCCACGGUAAGUGCCUUUUCUUUUCGGUUGGUCAUCAUUUUUAGUUAACAUCGUUUGUUCUUUUCAAUGAUUGGAUGCCUAAAAAUAUAAAAACAUAUAAAAAAAAUCCUGCAUGAAAGAAGACUUUUUUUAAUCUUGAAUGACGUUUUAAAUUCAAUGAAUAAAAAUCUUGUCAAAAAUGAUAUGAGAUUAGCAGCAUGAUACAGAACAAUAUUGGUCAUCUUUCUUUAAAAAAGCAAUUUUGUAAAAAGUUCAAAAACCUUUCAUAAACAUUUACCAUCGUCUUAAAAGAACGUUUUAAAAAUGUCAACAAACUGUCUUUGAAAACUGAAUUUCUGAGUUGAGUUUUAAAAUGAAAUGAAUAAUUUACGUUCUUUUUUUGAGGUUUCAUUACUGUAGAAAUAAUCAGGAUAAUCUAGGCAAACAAUCAUUGAGAAGAAAAUAAGAACCACAAGUCCACAAACAUACAAUUUUUUACAACCACUCAAUAACCAUAACGAAUAACAAACCCAAGAAUAAUAAGUUUCAAAAUAAGUUACAUCAAGACAAGUGAGAACUAGCUUCUAGGCACUUAUCUAAAUAUUUUAAAUCUAUGAUGUCCGACAUACAUAUUGUAAGUGAAUACAAUGAAGCCAAUAGAUUAAAUUAAACGAUUCACUAAGAGAUAAUUAUCAAAAUGAAAAAAUAUAGAACAUUUCUUGCUUGCACCUUGUUUAUCCAAAUUUUAGUUAAGAAAAUUACAAAAAAAUUGAGAAAACAAUUUAUUUUUCGUCCAAAAAUAACACAAACAGAGAUGCCAAUGUGCCUGAUUUUUCAGGAUUUGCUUGAUUUUUCGAGGCUCAGCCUGGCAUGACAACCUGAUAAGCCAUUGAUUUUGCCUGACUUUUGAAAAUAUGCCUGACUUUGCCUGAUUUUUACGAAUGUGAUGAAAAAUGAAUAGUAAGGAACUGGAUUAGGUGCCAUUGCUGAAGUUAAAAAGUGAAAAUGUGGCUGAAUCUAAGUAAUCGAAAGGUUCGCUUUAAUUGUUAUUUGAAAAAGGGAAUGGAAUCUUUCGAUUGUUUUGAUUCAGUGGAAUUGAAAAAAAAUGUUGGCAACCCUGAACACAAACAUGAAACGAAGAAAAAAAUAUUAGUCUGUUGAUGAAAUUUGGGAUGGAAGGAUGUUCGGUUUUUUUUAUACAAUUGUUCAUGGCAAAGUUUGCGAUAGAUUUGAGUGAAAUUUUUUCGAAAUCGACACCGAGGGUUACAACAGGUAUGUUCACAAAGUUUCCAGACUAAAUAUUAAGUUCCUCGACAUUUUCAGGGAGGUAAUCAUGGAAGCGAGAUCACAAUAUUAACAAUGAAACCAACAAAUAAAGGCUUAGUGACAAUUAUCUUUUCGCAGAAGCGCUGGAAAAGAUCCUGAAAGGCAGACCUGUAAAACUCCGAUCAGCAAUAAAAAAUAAAUCAGCUAUUCCCAAGUAACACUUAUAUUUUAUAGCAGGCUGCUAGGUAUAAGGGCUUGAGGAGUCCAAUAAAACUAUCGGUGUUACUUGGGAUUGCAAAUUAUAUGGCUUCACUAGUCUUUUGGAUCCACUUCAUGAGUUUUCAGCUUAUGAAAUGGAUGAGGUGUUUCGACGAAGACCUUUUCAAAAUGUUGUGAAUACACCAUUUUGACCAAGGUUCCAGAUGCUCAGAUCUUGUCAAUAGAACAAAAACAACUUCUAAUAUUAUCUUUUUGAGACCACACAAGACACAGCUAGAGAUCUCGAAAAAUCAUUUUUUUUUUACGUAGAAUUACGUCUUACGGCAACACUAUAGGAUUAGGUUGCCAGAUUGCCCGGUUUUAUCCGGGUUUGCUCGGAUAUUGGGAUUGGGCCUGUUAAAAAGAAUAAAGCCUACUCUUUACUCUUACACAGAUUUCCAUAAGAAUAACAGCUAAUCGAAGUUAAAUUGGAGUGAAGGCUAUUUCUCUCUCUGUUUAACACACGAGAAAUCGUAUACCGGGACUGCGAGCGCGCCCAUCGCCCAUUAAAUACAAAAUUUGGAAACAAUUCGGCCCGGCCCGGUUGCCGGGAUUUCAUUGAAAAAUGCCCAGAUUUUGCCCGGAUUUAUUCACUUUAUUUGGCAAAUCAAACAAAAUAAAAACAAAUUUUAUUGUAAUAAUUUUUAUUUAUGUCUCCAAAAGGAAAUGUUUUGAACAAGUUUUAUGAAAAUAAUAAUGAAAAGUUUUUUGGAAGCUUUAAGUACGAUUUAAAACCUCUCGAUGAAUGUUGAGUUGACGAGAUCUUUUUUUUCAAUUCUUCUUCUGGAUUUUUGUCAAGUAAUUUAUAGGUUUUGACAAAAUUUGCUCGGAUAUUGCCCGAAUUUAUGGUCGCCAAUUUUGAAAUGAAAUGCCCGAAUUUUGCACGGUUUUUCCAUAAAAUUUCCCGGAUUUUUCCGGCCCGGCUACAUGCUGAAAAUAUUUUAGCAACCUUAUUAUUAAACAUGGUCCAAUUAUGUUGCAUUGUCGAAUUAUGUCACAUGGUCGAUUGUGUUACAUGGCCAGAUUAUGUCACAUGGUCUAAAUAUGUUGCAUGGUUAGGUUAUGUCACAUGGACCGAAUAUGUCACAUGGUCUUAUAAUGUUGCAUGGCCAGUUCAUGUCAUUAUGUGAUUAUGUCACAUGGUUCAAUUAUGUCUCAUGGUCGAUUUUGUUGCAUGGUCGAAUUAUGUCAUAUGGUCGAUAAUGUUGCAUAGACGAGUUAUGUCACAUGGUCGGAUUAUGUUGGAUUGAUGAAUUAUGUCACAUGGUCGAUUAUGUUGCAUGAUUAGAUUAUGUCACAUGGUUUGAUUAUGUUGUAUGGUCAGAUUAUUUCCUAUGGACCGAUAAUGUCACACUGUCUAAUUAUGUUGCAAGGUCAGAUCAUGUCAUAAUCUAAAUAUGUCACAUGGUCGAUUUUGUUGCAAGAUCGGAUUAUGUCACUUGGUCGGAUUAUGUUGCAUGGUCGUAUUAUGUCACAUGGUCUGAUUAUGUUGUGUGGUCAGAUGAUGUCAUGAUCUUAAUAUGUCACAUGGUCGGAUUAUGUCACAUGAUCGGAUUAUGUUGCAUAGUCAAUUCAUGUCAUGUUCUGAUUAUGUCAAAUGGUUGGAUUAUGUCACAUGGUUGGAUUAUGUCACAUGGUUGAAUUAUGUCACAUGGUCAAUUUUGUUGCAUGAUCGAAUUAUGUCACAUGGUCCGAUUAUGUUACAUGGUCAAAUUAUAUCACAUGAUCGAUUGUGUUGCAUUGUUAGAAUAUAGCACAUGAACUGUUUAUGAUGCAGGAUCGACUUAUGUAACAUGGUUCAAUUAUGUCACACGAUCUGAUUAUGUUGCAUGGUCAGUUCAUGGCAUGUUCUGAUAAUGUCACAUGGUAGAAUUAUGUCACAUGGUCGAUUGUGUUGCAUGGUCGGAUUAUGUCACAUGGUCCGAUCAUGUUGCAUAGUCAAAUUAUGUCAUAUGGUCGAUUGUGUUGCAUGGUCAGAUUAUGUCACACGGUCUGAUUAUGUUGCAUGUUCAUAUUAUGUCACAUGGUCCGAUUAUGUCACAUGGUCUGAUUAUGUUGCAUGGUCAGUUCAUGUCACGAUCUGAUUAUGUCUUAUGAUAGGAUUAUGUCACAUGGUCCAUUUUGAUACAUGAUCGGAUGUCCCAUGGUCCGAUUAUGUUGCAUGGUCGAAUUAUGUCACAUGGUCCAUUAUGUUGAAAGGUCAGAUUUUGUCACAUAGUCUGAUUAUGUCACGUGGCUUGAUUAUGUCACACGGUCGAUUUUGUUGCAUGAUCAGAUUAUUCCACAUGGUCCGAUUAUGUUACAUGGUCGAAUUAUGUCACAUGGUCCAUUAUGUUGCAAGGUCAGAUUUUGUCACAUAGUCUGAUUAUAUCACAUGGUCGAUUAUGUCACGUGGUCGGAUUAUGUCACAUGGUCGGGUUAUGUUGCAUGGUCGAAUUAUGUCACAUGGUUGAAUUAUUUUGUUUGGUCAGAUUAUGUCACACGGUCACGGUUUUCUGGCCUUUUGAAGCUUUUUUUCGGGAUUCUGAGCUUAAUUUGAGAUCACAACUUUAAAAUGCAUUUUAGAAGCGUUUUUCCGGGAUUCUGAGCUUAAUUUGGGAUUUCAAUUUUAAAAUGUGUUUUUCGGUUCCCCGGGAUUCUGAGCUUAAUUUGGGAUCACAACUUCAAAAUGUGUUUUCUGGCCUUCAGAAGCGUUUUUUCGGGAUUCUGAGCAUAAUUUGGGACCACAACUUUAAAAUGCGUUUUCUGGUCUUCAGAAGCGUUUUCCGGGAUUCUGCACUUAAUUUGGGAUCACAAUUUUAAAAUGUGUUUUCUGGCCUUUGAAAGCGUUUUUUCGGGAUUCUGAGCUUAAUUUGGAAUCCCAAUUUUAAAAUGUGUUUUCUGGCCUUUGGAAGCGAUUUUUCGGGAUUCUGAGCUUAAUUUGGGAUCACAACUUUAAAAUGUGUUUUCUGGCCUUCAGAAGCGUUUUUUCGGGAUUCUGAGCUCAAUUUGGGAUCACAACUUUAAUAUGAGUUUUCUAGCCUUCAGAAGCGUUUUUUUUCGGGAUUCUGAGCUAAAUUUGGGAUCACAACUUUAAAAUGCGUUUUCUGGCCUUCAGAAGCGUUUUUCGGGAUUCUGAGCUUAAUUUGGGAUCCCAAUUUUAAAAUGUGUUUUCUGGCCUUUGGAAGCGACUUUUCGGGAUUCUGAGCUUAAUUUGGGAUCACAACUUUAAAAUGCAUUUUCUGGCCUUUAGAAGCGUUUUUUCGCACAUGGGCCAAAAUCGAACGGUUUUUUGAAACGACAUUACCAAAUAGUUUUCGCUAAAGCACGACCAAUAUAAUUUAGACAGACAAAAUUAAAAAAAAAAAAAAUAAAGCACUCAAAAAAUAACGAAAAACAUAAAAAAAUCGUAAAACUCAAAAACCAAAACAAAAGAAUAAAAAUGACAAAAAAUAUCUAAAAAAAAGGGUGCAAAAUGACAAAAAUAUCAAAUAUGAUAAAAAUAACAAACAUUCUAAACAAAGAUAAAAUAAAAGUUCUAAAUGUGUCGAAAACAUGAUAAAAAAUAACAAAAAAUGACUAAAAAUUAUCAAAAAAAAACAAUGAAAAAUUUAGCUAAUAAUAUUAACACCUUUUUUUUAUUAAUAAAUAAGAAAAAAAUCAUGAAAAAACCGUUCGAUUCUGGCAACACAAAAUUCUCGAGCGUAUUGCCAAAAACGAAAGGGGCCUGUAUAUGAUUGAUAUUUAUCAUACAGUCAGAAGAUAUUGCCAUUUUGACACUGUCACAUGUUGAUCUUGACGAGAAUAGACCAUAAGUUUACCUCUACACAUCUUUACAAUUCGAUAUAAGCUAUACAUUGACAAAAAAAAAUAUGCGUAAUUCUACGAUUAGCGAUCGUAGCUAAAUUACUACCUCCUCAACUUUUUCCUAGUCAGACAGUCUAUUAAGAGGCUACGUAAAUCCUUAUCUGUUUAACAAAAAUAGACAACAAUGACUUUGGGCAGAUGAAAUAGACAGCACUCUCUCUUCAUUAUGACUCGAAGCUUGAACUCUCCUCUAACGACUUGAAAUUUUAGCAAACUUUUAAUACAGAAUCUGUGUCACAGACCAAAAAAUUUUUAAAAUUUUCACAUAUUUUACAGCGUUUUGUUACUCUGUUCUGGAAUAUCGGGCAUUUUGAAAUACUUUUUCUCAUUAAAAUAAGCGUGAAGUAAGGUGAUUUUGUCACUGUUGAAAAACAUCCUUAUUGAUUUUCACCGCAAAAAUUUGUUUGCCUCUAAAGCGUCCAAUGAAAGAUACAAAGAAACCGCAAAAAAAUAUAAAAAUUUUCUUUGAAACCUUCAAUCGUUAUCUUAAAGUGUUAUAAAAUUGGAUUGUUACUUGCGAAAUACCAAAUAAUUUUAUUUUAGUUCAAAAGUAAUACGAAGUCUAGUUCUCGCUUGCACUUGAAGUAACUUAAACCUAAGAAGACGAAACCUGCCUUGUAGAACCAUCAAACGGAAUCGAAGCAUUUACAAAAUCAUUAAAAUGUGGAGAAAAACAUCAACGUUUUUCUUUUUCCAGAAUGGAUCGUGUGAUCCCAAACAAGAGCAACAAAGCAAUGCAAAAUCAUCUCAAAAUGUAGCUAAUAAGGAUCAUCUUAGCCCUAAUUUGAAAUUGUUCCUCAAAUGGUAUUCGUAUUCGAUAUUUCUAAAAUUUCAUUUGAUAACUAUUUAAUGUUCUUAAACUCCAAUAUAGUUCGCCUCUAAACUAUUCUAAGAAUAAAAAUAAUUAUCACUAGGUAAAUUUCUCGUUUUGAUGUUGGGUAAAAGGAAAAAAAAACAAACAAAAGUGAAAAACAGAAACAAUAAUGAAAUGCAACAAUUCUAUAGAAAAAAAAACAAACAAAGAACAGUCCCAUAUUCCUAUGUAUCAACAAAAAUAAUCGUGAUUAAUCGAAGGUAACAUACAAAAACAUACAAAACAGAUUAAAAGCCAAUCGAGUGCACAUUCAACAAAUGGUCGACAGUGAAACAAAAAAAAAAGAACUAAAAAGCAAAGCAUAUUUAAUUUUUCUUUUUUUAUUUUAAACAGAUUCAUGGAAUGAAACAGCACAUUACCAGUCGGAUACACUUUGAUAUCGAGAGUCCCGUAUAAUUAGUUCCGUUUGUAUUCCCUCGCUAUGGGAAAAGCUAGAUCGAAUAAUAAAAAAAAAACAGAAACAGCAAAGGCAAAAUGUAUGCAUUUAACUGGAAGGCAAUAUUGCCUCCUGAUGGAGAUCGAAU